CUGGACCAGUAUAAAAACCCAUCCAACAACAGGCUGCAUCAUCCACUUCUCUUGCCUUCUCCUUGGUGCACAAGGUGCACCUCCAUCCCACAGCCAUGUCCUGCUACGAUCUGUGCCGUCCCUGUGGCCCAACCCCGCUUGCCAACAGCUGCAACGAACCCUGUGUCCGGCAGUGCCAGGACUCCCGUGUGGUGAUCCAGCCCUCUCCCGUGGUGGUGACCCUGCCCGGCCCCAUCCUCAGCUCCUUCCCCCAGAACACCGCUGUGGGAUCCACCACCUCGGCUGCCGUUGGCAGCAUCCUGAGUGAGGAGGGAGUGCCCAUCUCCUCUGGGGGCUUUGGCCUCUCUGGCUUUGGUGGCCGCUACAGUGGCAGAAGGUGCCUGCCCUGCUAAAGCCCACGAGAAUGACC